CCGUUCUAUAAUAAAUUUAUCCACACUCUCAUUUCCACGAACAAAUCCGUAAGAAAAUAGAAGAAGGGCCAAAAACGUCGAUCGGAUCAAGUAUUAGAUUGAUAUUGUGAAGAUGUCUACAACUGAAUCAUCACGAGAGGAAAAUGUCUACAUGGCUAAGUUGGCUGAGCAGGCCGAACGCUAUGAGGAAAUGGUGGAGUUCAUGGAGAAAGUUGUGAAAACCGUGGGUGGUGAGGAGCUGACCGUCGAGGAACGGAACCUUCUCUCCGUGGCUUACAAAAAUGUGAUUGGGGCAAGGAGGGCUUCAUGGAGGAUCAUUUCUUCUAUUGAGCAGAAGGAAGAGAGCAGGGGGAAUGAAGAUCAUGUUGCACAAAUAAAGGAGUAUAGGGGCAAGAUUGAAGCUGAGCUCAGCAAGAUCUGUGAUGGGAUUUUGAACCUUCUUGAAUCUCACCUCAUCCCUUCCGCCUCAUCCACUGAGUCGAAGGUGUUCUACCUUAAGAUGAAGGGUGAUUAUCACAGGUAUCUUGCUGAGUUUAAGACUGGUGCCGAGAGGAAGGAAGCUGCUGAGAGCACCUUGCUGGCUUACAAGUCUGCUCAGGAUAUUGCUCUUGCUGAGCAACCUCCUACUCACCCCAUUAGGCUUGGACUUGCUCUUAACUUCUCUGUUUUCUACUAUGAAAUCCUCAACUCGCCUGAUCGUGCCUGCAAUCUUGCAAAACAGGCUUUUGAUGAGGCUAUUUCUGAGUUGGAUACUUUGGGUGAGGAAUCUUACAAGGACAGUACAUUAAUCAUGCAACUUCUCCGGGACAAUCUGACCCUCUGGACAUCUGACAUUACGGAUGAGGCUGGAGACGAGAUCAAGGAAGCUUCGAAAGAGUCGGGCGAGGGACAGCAGUGAUGAGAUAAGUUCAUAUGAUUUGUGCUCUGUACCUUAUAUUUGCAGGUUUACAAUACAGAUGCAAUGUGGAUUUGUGGUAGAUGGUUUGGGUUUUAUUAUUAUUUAAAUGCAUUCAUCUUGGAGACAAAACGAUCGUCUGAAUUAUAUAUGUGCUUUAUUAUUGGACAAGAAGAAUUUGGUUUGGUUUGAUUUGAUUUGUUUUUCACGUGGUGGUAGUGCUAAAUUAGUGCUUUUGCCAAUCUAAAUUUUUUUUU